AUGAGAAAGUUUUCAUCUUUGGCAUCUAGGGCUUCACCUGCAACUCCAAACCUCCAUAUUCACAAACAGAAACAACCUCAAAAUUCGAAACCCUCGAAUUUCAGCUCUUCGAAUAAUCUUGGUCAAAAAUCCAGUAGUAUCUACACGUUUGAAGCCACUUCUACAGGUGAGCCUCAAUUCAAUGACUCGGACUUUAAAUCAAUUUCAGUUUCACGAACUCACAUUUAUAGUAAUAUAAAUAAAUUUGAUGGAAAACCCAUUGAUCAUCAAUACCUUGCUGAAGUUCUAUCAAGAAAAGAUUGGUUUUUGCUUCUAAACCACGAGCUUAAGGACAAAAGGGCCAGUUUGAAUACUCGGAUUAUUCUUAGUAUUCUGCAAAAUCAAGAAAACCCUCUACACCUUUUGAGAUUUUAUAUUUGGGUUUCGAAUAUAUGCCCUCAAUUUGCUAAGAAUCAUCUGAUUCAUGGUGCUUUAGGCAAUGUCCUUUAUAGGAAAGGCCCGGUUUUGUUGUCGGCUGAAUUGAUUGAGGACAUUAGAAACUCAGGGUGUAAAAUUACUAAGGAUUUUCUCUGUGUUCUGCUUGGUAGUUGGGGGAGGUUGGGUUUAGCAAAGUAUUGCAUUGAGGUUUUUGAGCAGAUUUCUUAUCUGGGCCUUACUCCUAGUACGAGGUUGUAUAAUGCGUUGAUUGAUGCAUUAGUGAAGUCCAAUUCUCUUGACUUGGCUUACCUUAAAUUUCAGCAAAUGGAGGUGGAUGCUUGUAUUCCAGAUAGAUUUACAUAUAAUAUCCUCAUCCAUGGAGUCUGUAAGAUUGGUGUGGUAGAUGAGGCUCUUCGCUUAGUGAAACAAAUGGAGGGGUUAAAAUACUCUCCCAACGUGUUCACGUAUGCUAUCUUAAUAGAUGGCUAUUGCAAUGCCAAAAGAGUAGAUGAGGCAUUUGGGCUUCUUGAUAGAAUGAAGAAAAGGAAUGUCAAACCGAAUGAUGCAACAUAUAGAUCACUCGUGAAUGGGGCUUUUCGAUCUGUGCCUGCUCACAAAGCACUGGAGUUGUUAUCGAGAUGGGUGGAUAUGAAGCCUAAUUUGCCUAAUGUGGUUUAUGAUACUGUACUUUAUUGCCUUCUUAAUAAUUCUUUGCCGAGAGAUGCAGCUGUAUUUUUAAAAAAGGCUGCAGAACGAGGUUAUAAUCCUGAUAGUUCAACAUUUAACAUUGCAAUUACCUGUUUUAUUAAGGGAUUGAAUCUUGACGAAACUUGUCAGAUAUUUGAUUAUUUUCUUAAGCAAGGUAUGAAGGUGGAUUUCAAUGCUAGUCUUGCUCUUGUUGAGGCUCUUUACAAAUCAGGAAGAGAAGGGGCAGGAAAUAAAUAUUUAAGUCUGGUUCUCGAGGAUGGAUUUGUCUUAAACGUAUUCUCAUAUAACAUGGUGAUUGAUUGUCUCUGCAAGGCCAAAAUGAUGAACAGAGCAUCAGAAACUUUCACAAGGAUGUGCCAAAGAGAUAUUCUCCCCAAUCUUGUUACUUAUAAUACCCUUAUUGCGGGGCAUUUCAAGGUUGGAAAUGUAGUCAAGGCACGAGAGUUGCUGCUGAUGCUCAUAAGGGAUGACUUUAAACCGGAUAUUUUCACUUUUAAUUCAAUAAUCAAUGGUCUUUGCCAAGUGAACCAGAUUAUUGAUGCUUUUGAUUGUUUCUCAGAAAUGGUAGAGUGGGGAAUAACUCCAAAUGCUAUUACAUAUAAUAUUUUAAUUCGCUCACUGUGCAUUUCUGGGGAUGUUUCUAAAGCAAUGAAACUAUUGAGAAAGAUGCAAGACGAUGGAAUCCAGCCUGACAUUUACUCCUUUAAUGCUCUAAUUCAAAGUUUUUGUAGAAUGGAUAAAGUUGAGAAGGCGCAAAGGCUUCUUACAAGCAUGUUGACACUGGAUUUGCAUCCUGAUAAUUUUACUUACAUUGCUUUUAUCAAAGCAUUGUGUGGAUCCGGAAGAUAUCGUGAAGCUAAAGAGUUGUUCAUCUCAAUUGAAGCAAAUGGAUGCAUCCCUGAUGCUUAUUUAUGUAACUUAUACAUUGAUGCCUUGAUUAAGUCAGGCAGAAUCAAAGAAGCCCGUAGUAUAUGGUUGAAAUACAAAGAGAAGGGAAUAAUGUUAAAACCUUAUCCUAUUUAG